AUGCCAAAACUUAAAAGAAAAAUUAAAUUAUUUGUUGACGAGGAGUUAUUCGAAUUUGAUCCUAUUGAAUAUAUCAGAAGGGAUUUGGAAGGAUCAGAUAGUGAUACUCGUAGAAGGGCUGCAACAGACUUUGUGCGCAGCUUGAUGUCACAGUAUUUGCACAAUAUAACAAGAGUUAUUGGAGUUUAUAUUGCAGAAUUCCUAAAGCGUUAUAAUGAAAAUCAAAAAAAUUGGAAAGACAAAGAUGUAGCAAUUUACCUUUUAACUUCGAUUGCCACUCCUGGAACUACUACAAAAGUAAGUUAUACUAUUCAAUUAUCAGUUGAACUUAACGAAGCUUUAUUGUUUGCAAAAGAGAUAAUCAGAUUAUUCAAAUUAAAUUACAAGUAUGGUCUCACGGUAGUAAAUGAUUUAGUAGACGUUGUUGAAUGGUUCUCUGCAAAUGUCUUACCAGAUCUACAAACUGUUGUUGAUAGUGGGGAACCAGUUUUGAAGGUCGAUGCAAUUAAAUACAUAUACACUUUCAGAAAUCAGAUGAAUAAAUCACAACUAACUAGUGUUUUCCCAUUAUUAGUCAAACAUGUUUCAUCUUCCAAUUAUGUAGUUCAUACUUAUGCUGCAAUAACUAUUGAUAAAAUGUUAACAAUGCGCAAAGAUAAUGCAAUGUUAUUUAGUAGGGCAGAUAUUAAGCCAUAUACUCAAGAACUUUUAAUUAGUUUAUUCAGAUUAAUCGAGUCAGGAACAACACCUCAAACAUUAGCGGAAAAUGAUUAUCUCAUGAAAGCUGUAAUGAGAGUUAUUUUCACUAGUCGUGAGGAUAUUUUACCUUAUGUUGGAGAUAUUAUGAGUCACUUAAUUGCUAUUUUAGGACAAAUUAGUAAAAAUCCGAGUAAUCCUCGUUUCAAUUAUUAUGUUUUUGAAUCAAUUGGAGCAUUGAUUAGAUUUAAUUGUCAAGGUAAUACUGAACUAAGAAAAAAUUUCGAGGAUACUCUGAGUGGAAAUAUUCCUGGGCUAGUUAAAUUAUUACAAACAUAUCUUUAUCGAUAUUCAAAUAUAAUAAUUUCAAACGGACAACUUGAGCCAAUUUUAGGCAUCUUUCAUAAAUUAAUUGCAAAUAAGAAACGUGAUAAAUAUGGAUUAGAUUUAUUAAGCUCAGUCAUUCGAAACGUACCUACAGCUGCAUUAAAUCAAUAUAUUGGUCCAAUAUUAACGCUUCUAUUAUCAAGAUUUCAAAGUAGUAAAACUGAUUCAUACACUAUGGGAUUCGUUUAUUUUGUAUGUUAUUUUCUUGCUGUAGAUAAGGAAGGGAUGAAUCCAGAUUAUGUAAUCCAAGCAUUUGAUUCACUUCAAAAUCAACUUUUUAUACAAGUCUUGAAUGCCACUACACUUUAUUCCUCAAAUGAUGGUAGAUGA